AUUAUUAUAUUAGCGAAAGAUGGAUGUACAGCUGAGAAGAUAUGUUUUAAUUUUAAUGUUAUUUUUUCUAAUUCAGUUCUCUUCCACUAAAAUAUCAGAUUUACGAUUAUGUGGUGAUCCUGCAUGCAAGGAUCCAAUAUCUAGAGGCAGAACAGUGUUACGUUAUCUCAGUGAUGAUAAGCGUAUUUUAUCAUUUCUUCCCAACAAAGAUGUUAUUAUAUAUGGUAAGGAAGCAGGGAGUCGACCUGACCUUUGGGACGUGGAGAUUGAUGGACGGCGAGGCUAUGUUCCAAAAAAACUGAUUCAAGAAAUAGGUGUGAUGAAGCGUGAUUUAAAAUACAAAGUGUCAACAGAGGAAGAUAAAGAAGAGAUUACUUCCAAUAUCUCAGCUGAUUUAUUCAAUGAGAAAGACCAAGGUAGACAUGAUGUCUUGCAGGGAAAAUAUGCAUCAGGCCAAGGUAGACAAGAUGUCUUGCAGGGAAAAGAUGCAUCAGGCCAAGAACAGAGUGAAAGAGCAGUUCAUGAAGCAAAUAGACAAACAAGGAGAGAUUCGGUCCCUGCUCCAGAUUUUAAUCCCAGUUCUCCAACUAGCCAAAGUUUUGAGGCCUCAGCUGUUCCUCAGCCAGCACCAUCAUUACCAUCAAUGCCCCAACAAGAUAAUAGUUUACCUAUGCCUACUCAGACUGGUGAUCAAGAAGGAUUGGCUGAUAGCUACCUUCCUCAAAAUGCAGUCCGAACAUCCUUCUCGUCUGCAGAAAGUACGUUAGCUGCAAAAACUGUGGAACAAGACAACUCUGUUGCACAAGCAAAAUUUACUGUGAUAGAUGGUACAACAUUUCCUUUAGAUGAAGAUCUCAUUUUGGAUAUCUCCACUUCUACAUCCGUUUCACAUGUAGAAUCACCAAAAAAUGAAGGAAGAGUUUUAAUUUCCCCAUCAGCUAGUCUUCCUCCUUCCACACCUGAUCAUUUACCUCAACAGAAUGAUGCAAAUUGGGGGAAAGCUGGUCUAGAUGAGCAACCACCAGUUAGACCCCCUGAAAGUUUAAAAGAUCAACCACCUGGUUCUGCCCCAGAUGAGGCUUUUUCUCCAACAAUAAGGGCUUCACCUGUACAACAUGAUCACCAAAAAUCUGAGACCUUAGAUAAUAAUGUUUCUCAAGAUAAUGAACCUAAUAAUAGUGACCAUUCUGAUCUGCCAGGAAAUGGAGAAGAUUAUGCUGACAUAGGAGCAGUUGAAAGAAUUGGCUCAUAUUUUAAGAAUAUAUUUGGUGGACAAGAUGAUUCCGAUGGAAUACCUCACUCACAGCCUGAAAGAGAUGUGAAACAACCAACUGAGGAUUUUAAUAAAGAUUCUUUAAAAUUUAUGACUGAUGCUGAUCAAACCAAAAAUGAAGAAAUGCAAAAUGCACAUAUUGUUGAAGAGGAAAAAUGGGAACAGAAUCCCCAUAAGACUUUACCAAUAGACACCAGUGAUAAUGAAAACGUUGAAGGUUCUAACAAGGUUCUAGAAGUUUUAAAUGAAGAAGAAACAAAAGUGGAAGUUGAAGAUGCAUUAGGGAAUUUGGUGUUAGAUUAUUAUGCGUCUGAAGAGAAGAAAGAAACUGUUAUGCUACAACAAAAUGAAGAUGAUUCAGGAGAGCAGCAAACCCAUCCAGAUACUGGUGGGCUAAAUCCAAACCCCGUACAUGAUAGUGUUGAUAAUGAAAAGCAAAGUGUGGAUGAAGAAAAAUCGGUCUCUUUUAAGCAGGAUUUUAAAUUAUCUGAUGGUGAUUAUCAUAGUCAUGGUUCUAAUGGAAAUAAUCAUUCUCUUGAUGAAACACAAGGAGUAUCUCCUCAAGAUCAGAAAGAAGAAGAAUUCAUACCACCAUUCAGACUUGCAGAGCAAUCGGAAAAACUAAAUGACAUUAGUGCAAAAGGAACUCCAUUUCAUAGUACACAUUCUGCAGAUAGUAUCCAUGAUAGUCUAGGUAAUGAUGUUCCUGAAAGUUCAUUUUUAGAUGGGACUUCUCAAAAACAUUCUGUUGAGAACUUAUCACACCAGGAAAAUAGCCAUAAAGGGUUGUCUGAUGAUGGUGAAAAAACCUCUUUGAAGGAGGAAAAGCCCAUUUUGGAGGAACAUGAGUAUACUUCAGAAGAAACAACAUUGAAUAACAGCCCAGUUUCUGAUCACCAGAGUAAACCAUCUAGCAUGUUAAAGUAUGCUAUUUCUAGUGAGACAGGUGAACCAGUACCAAAUCAACACCUUUUGUUUCCUGACCAACCUCAUGAAUUAGUAGAUUCUGGAGGAAAAUCUUUGCCAGAGAAGUUAAGUUCUGAAGAGAAGGAGACAGAAGAAACUUCUUCUACUGAACAUCAGAAAGAAGUGGCUGAAGAAAUUGUAGAAGAAACAGCUAAUGUAAAUGGUGAAACUAAUCCUAAAAAAAAUAUGGAAGAUGAGGUUACUGGAGAAGGGUAUACUUCUGAAGAAGAAGCUGCAGAUGAAAGUAUUGUUGAUGAGACUAGAUCUGAAGUGGGAGGAGAAAAUUUUACUUAUGGUGAGAUGAGUAAUGAAGAAGAUACUGUUGAUAAGUCUAAUCCUAAAGAAGUGAUAGGAGAAGAGACAAUCAGAAAUGUAUCUAAUUCCUCAGAAGAUACAUACGAAGGAAAUUCUGAUGAUGAGACAAGUCAUCAAAAAGAAGAAGGGAUUUUUGAUGAUAAAUCUAGUCCUGAUGAAAAGGUGGCAGACAAUACUAAGGUUGAUGAGAUCACACCUGCAGAAGAAGUGGUAGAAAAGUUUUUGAAUAAUGAGUUUAAUUUCGAAGGUGAAGUGGUUAACGAGGCUCGCGAUAAUGAUCAGGUUGAAUCUAAAGACAAUCAAGUACCUAAUAAUAAACUGAUGUCUCAUGACAGAGAACAGGUUGACCAAACAGAUGCUGGUAAUGAAGCUGUUCAAUUAAAGAGACAUGAUUUCUCUGAUAGUGACACACGUGAGACAGCGUACUUUAAUGAACAAGAAAUAUUUAGCGAUCCUUUGAAAAAAGAACUGAAUUUUGGAAAGUCUGGUAAUUUAGGAUCUGGUGUGGGACUUAACACGGAUCCAGCACAAUCUUUUAAAGAACAUAACAAUCCAGCAUUCAAUGCACCUGAAAAAAAAUCAAGUAAUCUUAAUCCUGUUGGUGCUAUUUCUGGAUCUGCUGGUAUGGAAGUUAAUAAUCAUCUGGAUAAAUUGAAACCCCAGGAACCAUAUCAAGCAAAGAAUGAUCCUCCAGACAGUGUUAUAGAUGAUCAUAAACUAUCUACUGAUCAUGCAGAACCGACUAGUAGCACAUUGUCAGAAAAAUCAAAUUACCUAGAUCCUGUUGGGGCUAUUUCUGGAUCUGUUGGUAUGGAAGUGAAUAAUCAUCUGGAUAAACUGAAACCCCAGGAACCAUAUCAAGCAAAGAAUGAUCCUCUAGACAGUGUUAUAGAUGAUCAUAAACUAUCUACUGAUCAUGCAGAACCGACUACAAGCACUGUAUCCCAGUCAAGGGACAGCUUAGACUCUAUCAGUAAUCCCCUUCCUAUAACCACAGAACCUUCUGCUUUGGAAGAAUCAGAGGUGAGAGAAAACUUAAAAGAAGAGAGUGGAUAUAAAAAAUCCGAGAAAAGCUACUGCUUUACCGAUGGAUUAGACUCUGAAAAUGAUUGUCUCCACAACCACAAUGAAGAACACCAUAGAGGUAUCUCCCCAACAGAUGUACCCCAGUUACAAGAAGAAACAACAGCAGGAACCUCUUUCACAUGGGAAGAUAUGGAGUUGUUGGCAAGAGAGUACUUCCUGUCCCUAAAACGCUAUCUUCAAAUGACGAUUGACAUGCUUCCAGAGCCAAUUCAGGCUGCUCUAGCUGACCUUGAGAAAAAUGGUUUGUCUCCACGAGUUACAGUGUUCCUGACAAUUUUUGCAACAUCAUCUGUUUUGCUGAUUAUAAGUUUCUGGCUUAUUAAGAGAGGAAGAAAGGAACGAUUUUACAUUCAAAAACUGUGUUCUCAAGAGAAGAUUGUGUUCACUGUGUCCAAGGAACGAGACGUUGCUAAGGAAGAGCUGGAAGCUGCAAAGAAACAGAUUACAUCCUUAGAACAGAGUUGGCUUGAACAGCAAAAUGCAAUGGAACCUCUACAACAAGAGCUAAAGAAAAACAAGGUUCAUUAG